AUGUCAUCCUCCGCCUCAACGACGGACCUCCGCGUCCUCACCCGGAAGCUCACGUCCAUCCCGCCGGCGCAGCUCCCGCACUCCCUCCCUUCCCUCAUCCGCCACGUCCUCCGAUGCCGCGAUGCGCUGUCCGCGCCUCAGGACCCGAAGCUCAAGGGCGAUGCCUCUCAGACGUCUAUGCUUGUGCAUAAGCUCAAGACCAGCAUCACCACUCACCUGAAUGGCCGGAGUCGUGAGGGCAGAUUUGCCGCCAUUGGCCUGAUCAAGGCGGCCGUUGACGUGGGAGGCUGGGAGACUCUGCGCGGCUCUGAGGCUUGGGUACGCGGGCUGGUUUCCAUUGUUCAGAAAGGCGACCCCGCAGCCUCCAAAGAACUAGCCAUCGUGACUCUCACCAAAAUCUUCAUGCUCGUUCACCCUUAUCAGACCCUCGUGCGAGAGGUUGCCACGCCUUUCCUGCCGGCGUUUGGCACAGCAUGUCUGCAGCUCAUCAAGUCCAAAGCUUCGGAAGCUCAAUCUCCAGCUGCGCCCUUGACUCUCGUUGAAACCAUCUGCAGCUCAUUCUCGACCCUGAUCCCUUUAUACCCGCCUACCUUCCGUCCUUUCAGCUCCCAGAUCCGGACCGCUGUCGGAGUCUACCUUGCGCCUACCUGCUCGGAUGAAAUCUCCGUCCCAGAAUCCCUACAGCGAGCUGCUCGGCGCCUGGUCGCCUCCCUCCCCUUCGUUGCGGCCAAGUCCGGCGGCAGCGAAGAAUGGGCCAAGCUCGUCGACGGAAUUAUCCACGAGUUUCAUACCACCGCUGACCAGGUCCUUCGAGGCGUCGAUGAAUCGUGGGAGGCAACCAGCGGUCGUUCACAAUCUCAGGUCGACGUCGAUGGAGAGCCACACGGCAAGGGCACCUCUGUCGACAAUUUGCCCGCCUGGUCCGGUCUCGAGGCCGGUGCCGAGCGGUUGAUUGGGCUCUUCCACUUCCUCGCCGACCUGCUCAGCUAUCCUACCAAGGCUGCCGUCGUAAUCCCCAUCAGCGGCCUCUUGGAUACCGUUUCCAGAGUCUGCCUUGUCGCCCGGCUCUCCAAGUCCCAGACCUGGGAACAAGCCGUCGAGACCAACCCGGCCAUUGGCAGAGAAGAAAAGGAGGAGCUAUGGAGCUUGAUGCCUGACAUUCACGUCGCAGCCAUGAAGCUCGUCGUCGCCCUCUUUGAGAGGCUGCAAAGACACAUGCUGCCCCUGGUCCCGGAAAUCCUCGACCACCUCAUUCGCGUCUUCAAGUCCGGCAUCAGCAUCCCCUCCGUCCGCGUAGCCGGAUACACCACCCUCAACACCAUCCUCCGGCUCGCCGGACCAACACUAUCCAAGCCCGCCGUGGACAUGCUGGAUCCCCUAGUUGGGGCAUGCUGCCGCGACCUCCAACAAGACGCCGGCUUCCUCAAACCCGCCGACAAGCCCACCACCACCACCACCACCACCACCAGCACGGCCGCCAACAAAGGCACCAAGAGCGGUGCCGCCACCGUCAACACGGACCUCUUCCUCCAGCCCGCCGCCGCCGCCGCCGCAACCGAAGCUCCCACCCUGGAACCGCACCACAGGAACGCAGCCAGCGCCCUCCUGACAGCCAUCCUCGCCCAGCUCCCGCAGUCGUACCUCAAGCCCGCCCUCCGCGGCCACCUCGACAAGACGGCCAUCCUGACGCGCAGCCGCGACGCCAUGCUCGCCAGCGUGCUCAAUCCGUACAGGGACCAGCACGGCAGGAUGUAUCCCAGCAUCUUGCCUCACCUGGUGCAGCAGUUCCCGCACGAUCAAGGGCUGGAGGUUCUGCGCAGCAAUCUGCGGACCAGUGGCGUCCAGGGCGCCGGAAGCGAAAUGUUUGCCUCGCUAAGCGAGGUUGCCGAGUUGCAGCAAAUCGAUGAAGAGGAGGAGCAGGAGGAGGAGGAGGAGGAGGCAGGGCAAGAAGAGGAAAAGGAGCACAAGUCCGAUGAGGAAAUGCAGGAUCCGACGUCGGAGAAGACAGCAGAAGCAGCCUCACGUUCCGACACGACUGUUGAUCUCCCAGUUCAGAGUACCGUUUCCGCUCCCAAUCCCUUUGAGCCUCGCGCCACAUCGAGCACCGAAAGGGCAGCUUCCCCGCCAAAGAGGAAGCACGAGGGUACAGACGUGCCCAUCAACCCCAAGCGACAGGAGCUCGAAAAGACUGAGCCCGCCGCUGCCUCGGCUUCGGUUACCGCACUGCAGACGAAAGGGGGUGAAAAGGGGGUUGAGCAGCAGGAAGAGUCAGAUAGCGAUGACGAUGGAAGUGUGCACCUGAAUAUGGAGCUGGACGAUGACGAGGAGGAGGAAGACGAAGAGGAUUGA